UCCCGCUGCCCCACCCGGGUGAGCCGUGAAGCUCCGUCAAGGCCCUGGCCAGCCCUCUCAUUGACAGGGGACUGUCGACGCUCCGCCCCGAUCCUGGUCCAGCAUCCGCCCUAGUAGGCGCAGAUCACCUGCAAGUCGAGGUGGCCCGUCCGCAGGGUCGCCUCUCCUUGUACCUCCACCCUCUCCAAUAUAGUAUCCUCUUCUGACCCGGAUUUCGACUGCGAUUCCGACUCCUGGUCAGCCUCCAUCUCUGCCCUCCCUGCCUCCCUAUUCUGCGGCUUCUCCGGGAACAGACGAUUCUCGGAGAUGCUGUCCGAACUCUCGGAAGAGCUGACUCCUGCGUUCCAAAAGGCCUUGGCCAGGUCGUACUUCACGUGACUGCGAGUGGGCGGGGCUUCCGGGACCAUGCGCCUUCCGCUCCUAGGGAAGCCCGCGGUGUCGCCCAUAUCCGGCCGCUACGGAACUUCGCCGGUGGAGGGUGGAGACGCAGAGCCAUCCUGUAGCUACGGGACAAAGAGGGUGACGCCGAGAGCUGUAGUCAUGGCGGCGCCGGAGCCCGGCCUGGCCGCCCCGAGCCCCGCUGCGCUGCCCGAACAGCAGGAAGGAGCCGUCGACUGUGCGGACCCCGCGCCCGACUCCGUGAGCUCUGCGGCCCCGGAACUCCCCGGCCGGCCCGCAGCUUCAGACGCGGCUCUGCAGGCUGAAGCCACCCCGCGGUCCGGCGCCUCUCGGCCGGGCCCCGAGACGUUUCGCCAGCGUUUCCGGCAGUUCCGCUACCAGGACGCGGCGGGUCCCCGGGAAGCUUUCCGGCAGCUGCGGGAGCUGUCCCGUCAGUGGCUGCGGCCCGACAUCCGCACCAAGGAGCAGAUCGUGGAGAUGCUGGUGCAGGAGCAGCUGCAGGCCAUCCUGCCCGAGGCGGCCCCGGUCCGGCGGCUGCGGCGCCGCGCAGACGUGCGCAUCACUGGCUGAGCAGCGGAGCCGGGGGCUCCUUGGACUGUAAUACCCUACCCCGAGUUAAUGAAAGUUGAAUUUUGACAGUUCCUGUGAAAUGGUGUGUCGUUCGUCCUCUAUUGGGCUUAUUUCCCGAGCGUGUUCCCCACCUUUCCAGUUGAUCAGAGGAUGUCGGGAGCCUCUAAGAGUAAAGCUUUACUUAGGCAGGAAAUUCUUCUCACCCUGUUGAGUAGCUCUAGGCCACCCCUCUACCACGUUCGCGGUUUUUCUGAACCUGAGUUGUCUUGCAGAAUGCUAAUGAUGGUUGUAGUCGGCUAGUGUUCCAUACUACCCUCUGCCUUGCACUAGCUAGUGUCCGAGCUUGAGCAAUAAAAUGGGUGGCCCUAUUAAAAGCUCA